AUGAGCAAGGCACCUGACCUUCCAGGACCUCAGGAGGCACCUCAGAGAAACGCUGCCUCACUGCUCGUGUCUCAGACAUCUGUCUACAUGGAAUCUACAGACCUUCUUUUGGAAGAGGAAUCGCCAGUAGUUCCAGAGGCUCUCUUUGCUUGUUGUGGGCAAUAUUUGGCCUCUGGAAUGAAUGUCACUGGCUCUGUUCAUAUCAGAGAUCCUCUUAAGACAGAAGAUAGAGGGAAUAUGACAUCUCCACCAUUCCCAGAUGCCAGUCCCAUGGAGAACCCAGCACUAUUUAGUGACAUCAAGAUUGAGCCCCCAGAAGAACUUCUGGCUAAUGAUUUCAACCUGCCCCAGGUGGAACCAGUUGACCUCUCUUUUCACAAGCCCAAGGCUCAUCUCCAGCCUGCCAGCAUGCUGCAACCUCCAAUAUUCACUCCCAAGCCAAAGCCUGCUCUCCAGACACUUGUAGUGUCCACUUCAACGUCUGACACAGGCACUUCAGCAAAUAUCCCUACUGUUCUGACUCCAAGGUCUCUCCUGGCCUCCUCUCAAGGAACUGGUGGCCAGCAGAUCUUUCAUGUGAUUCACACCAUCCCCUCAGUCAGACUGCCAAAUAAGUUGGGUGGCCUAAAGACCAUCCCAGUAGUGGUACAGUCACUUCCCAUGGUGUAUACUACUUUGCCUGCUGAUGGGGGCCCUGCAGCCAUUACAGUCCCACUCAUUGGAGGAGAUGGCAAAAAUGCUGGAUCAGUGAAAGUUGACCCCACCUCCAUGUCUUCACUGGAGAGCCCAAGUGACAGUGAGGAGAGUGAGAUUAAGAGUGGAUCCUCGGCUUUACAGGGUGUUCAGGGACUACAGCAAGAACCAUCAGCAAUGACCCAAAUGCAGGGAGAAGAGUCUCUUGAUUUGAAGAGAAGACGGAUUCACCAAUGUGACUUUGCAGGAUGCAACAAAGUGUACACCAAAAGCUCCCACCUGAAAGCCCACCGCAGAAUCCAUACAGGAGAGAAGCCUUAUAAAUGUACCUGGGAUGGCUGUUCCUGGAAAUUUGCUCGUUCAGAUGAGCUCACCCGCCAUUUUCGCAAGCACACAGGCAUCAAGCCCUUCCAGUGCACAGACUGCAACCGUAGCUUCUCUCGCUCUGACCACCUAUCCCUGCACCGCAGGCGCCAUGACACAAUGUGAGAAGCAUAGACUACA